AUGGCUCCUCCCGCUCCAAUCGUUAUAGAUGCUCAGGCUGUCAGUGGAAUAACUGGUUCCAUCUCGAUUGCAUGCUGGAUUAUUGUAUUUGCUCCACAGAUAUACGAGAAUUUCAUCCGCAAAAGCUCGGAAGGGCUAUCGCUACUAUUCGUGGUGCUUUGGUUGCUCGGUGAUGUGUUCAACGUAUUGGGUGCGGUGUUACAAGGCGUAUUGCCAACUAUGACAAUUCUGGCCAUUUACUAUACUCUGGCUGAUAUUGUGCUGUUGUGGCAAUGUUUGGCUUAUGGGGAUGGCAAACAUGGCAAGGUGGAUCCGAUCCAUCUCUCUCCUGCCAACCCAUUGAGUGAGCACGACAACCUACUGGAAGCAGCGGUCAGCAACGAGGAGAACUACAGCAGUGAUGGGGAUGAGAUCGAGAGUUUUAUAGACACCAACGGUAUGGAAGACACCGUCACCAGCAACUGGAGGCCUCUCUUCUUUAACAUUGUCACUGUGGCCCUGGUGUUCAUUGCCGGUAUUGGUGGAUGGUACAUCUCCUCAGGUAAGAAGGGUGUACACAAGCAUAAACCUGAGCAACCAGAUGAUGAGCUCAUUUUUGACAACCUGGCUCAGACAUUUGGCUGGUUAUGUGCUGCUUUGUAUCUGGGCUCGAGGAUACCCCAGAUCUUGCUAAACUUUGAGAGAAAAUCGUGCGAGGGCAUUUCGUUUCUCUUCUUCCUGUUCGCCUGUCUAGGGAACAUGACCUAUGUGGUCUCCAUUUUGAGUGUAAGCACGGGAAAAAAUUACUUGCUAGUUAACGCGUCGUGGCUAGCAGGUAGUUUGGGAACGCUUUUACUGGAUUUUGUCAUAUUCGUGCAAUUUUUCAUUUAUAACGACCCGGAGAAGGGUGAACCAUUGCUUGAGGAUGGCCUAGAAGAGAGUGGAUCUUAUGGAGCCGUUUGA